UCCUCUGAUCCGUUAAGUGACCAAGGGCUCCCAGGUUUCCUGUCAUUUCUUGACGCUUGCUUCCGUUCCCUGACCAUAGGGGCUUCACUCUUUUGCCCCCCGUUCCUUCAUUAUUACCUUAAUAUCCUUUCCCUUUUUGCCUCAAACACACCUCAAGACGGACGGCAUGGGGACACGGUCCUGGCUGUUCUUGAGCACUUUGCUCCUGUUGACGUUGACCACACGCAGUAUCGCGGGAGUCAUCAACAUCAAACGUCACGUUGAAGACCUGCCCCGUCAGCCCGAGACGACGUGUAGAAGCGCCAUUUCGAUCCUGGACUAUUCGGCCAAGAUCCGCCGUGAAUAUGAGCUGCCAGUCUGCAGUACUGGCGAGGCUCCCAACGGCGAGUCCCUCGUAGGGGAGGACUCGCUGUCGUUGCUGUUCGGCAGACAGGUCGUGGGAGGCGACGACUAUUCGUGCGGCCCAGACCGUCCCUGCAAGAACAAAGCGUGCUGCCCCAAGGAGACGCUUCAGUGUAACUAUGGUGAGGAGUACUGCGGCACGUCGGGCAUCUCGCCCAAUGAAGUCUGCUGGUCCAACUGCGAUGCCAAAGCAGAAUGUGGCAAGAACGCCAAGGUCCCUGGCCAAAAGUGUCCUCUCAACGUCUGCUGUGGAAAGUGAGUGUUGUGUUCCAGUCCUCGGCGACUGGCUCGGGAGAACAAUUGGCUAAUGG